CCAUCCCCCACCACAGCAGCACAGCAAGCGCUUGUUUGCAUCACGUGAGGAGCUCUGCAUCGGCCAAUAGCAGCAUAGCCCAGCACCCUCUCCUGCCCAGCCAGGGGGACGGAAGGGGGAAAGUUUGUUCUGCAAGUUAUACUUUUUUUCUGAUCGGAUUUUGCUCUGCAAACUUUUCGGGGCCGUAAUCGCUUGCGCUGUGCAGCGUGCGGAGGCUCUGCCGGUGCGGGUUAAGGAUUACUGCUGGAUCUGGGAUCUGUCUGCAGCUGUACGGGACUAUAGUCAUGCUGUUGUGCGCCUGGCCGGCUCUGCGGGCUCGGAGGAGAAUGCUGGCGCUGCUGGUGGUGGCCCUGGUGAUACUGGGGUGCCCGGUGGCAGCGCUGCAUACAGGCUCCUGCCCGUCUGCCUGCCGUUGUUUUGGCGACCUGUUGGAUUGCAGCCGCGGGGACCUGCAGAUGGUGCCGGAGCGCCUCCCGGGCUGGGCUGUGCAGCUGGAUUUAAGCCACAACAAACUGUCUUCAAUCAAAGCUAGUUCAAUGGACCACCUCUAUAAUCUGCGUGAAUUGAGAUUAAAUAGAAAUUACCUGAAGAUCAUUCCUAAUCUUGGUCCUUUAUCAGGAAAUAUCACACUCCUCUCCCUGGCAAACAACAAGAUUGAUUUAAUUUUACCAGAACAUCUGGAACCUUACGAAUCAUUGGAAACCUUAGAUUUGAGUAACAAUUUUAUUAAAGAACUAAAAACACCAUCCUUUCCUGUUCUGAGACUCAAAUACCUGUACAUAAAUAAAAAUGUAAUAACAUCCAUGGAAUCUGGUGCAUUCAACAACUUAUCUGCUACUUUACAAGUGUUAAAGCUCAAUAAAAACCGGAUUGGCCACAUCCCACCAAAGAUGUUUAAACUUUCCAAUUUGCAGCAUCUGGAGCUGAAGCGUAACCGGAUGAAACACAUUGAUGGACUCACUUUCCAGGGUCUUGAUGCCUUAAAGUCUUUGAAUAUUCAAAGAAAUGGAAUCACACGGCUUAUGGAUGGAGCCUUCUGGGGAUUGAGUAAUAUGGAAGUUCUGCAGUUGGAUCACAAUAAUCUCACAGAGAUUAGCCGAGGCUGGUUGUAUGGCUUGCUUAUGCUGCAGCACCUCUAUCUCAGCCAGAAUGCCAUCAGCAAGAUCAGCCCUGAUGCCUGGGAGUUUUGCCAAAAACUCAGUGAGCUAGAUUUAACUUUCAAUAAACUAACAAAAUUAGAUGUGUCGAGUUUUAUGGGCUUAAACAUACUUGGUCAACUAUUAAUAGGAGAAAACCAAAUUAGUAAUAUUGCCGAUGGUGCUUUCCAUGGACUGUCUACUUUGAACACAUUAGAUCUACAGAAUAAUGAAAUUUCUUGGACCAUUGAAGAUAUGAAUGGAGCAUUUUCUGGACUAGAAAAACUUAAAAGGCUGAUGCUUCAGGGUAAUCGGAUAGGAUCGAUAACAAAAAAGGCAUUUUCGUGGUUGGAUACGCUUGAGUACUUGGAUCUAAGCAACAAUGCUAUUGUGUCAAUGCAGAGUAAUGCAUUUUCUCAGAUGAAGAAGCUCCAGCAACUUCAUCUUAACACUUCAAGUCUUUUAUGCGAUUGUCAGCUAAAAUGGCUUCCUCAAUGGUUAACUGAACAUAAAUUGCAAACCUUUGUAAAUGCAAACUGUGCGCAUCCCCAAAGUCUCAAAGGCAGAAGUAUCUUUGCUGUGAGUGCUGACAGCUUUGUAUGUGAUGAUUUUCCAAAACCGCAGUUCACUGUGCAGCCUGAAACGCAGUCUGCACUAAAAGGCUCCAACGUGAGCUUUACAUGUUCAGCAGCCAGCAGCAGCGACUCCCCAAUGACGUUUUCUUGGAAAAAAGACAAUGAGCUAUUGCACGAUGCAGAGAUGGAAAGUUAUGCCCAUUUGCGGGUACAAGGUGGAGACGUCAUGGAAUACACCACUAUCCUGAGGCUGCGAAAUGUGGAGUUUGUCAGUGAAGGAAAAUACCAAUGUGUCAUUUCCAAUCAUUUUGGAACGUCCUACUCUGUCAAAGCCAAACUAACCAUUAAUAUUCUUCCUUCAUUCACAAAGAUGCCGAUAGAUCUCACAAUUCGAGCUGGAUCAACAGCAAGGCUAGAAUGUGCUGCAGUUGGUUACCCAACACCGCAGAUAGCUUGGCAAAAGAAUGGUGGCACAGACUUUCCUGCAGCUCGCGAGAGACGAAUGCAUGUAAUGCCAGAGGAUGAUGUCUUCUUUAUUGUGAAUGUCAAAAUUGGGGACACUGGAGUGUACAGCUGUACAGCUCAGAAUAGUGCAGGAACCAUUUCAGCCAAUGCCACUCUGACCGUGCUAGAGACCCCAUCAUUUCUACGCACAUUAGUGGAUCGUACUGUGUCCAAAGGAGAAACUACAGUCCUGCAGUGUAUUGCAGGGGGGAACCCUACACCCAGAGUAAACUGGACAAAGGACGAUAACCCAUUGGUUGUAACCGAGAGGCAUUUCUUCGCUGCAGGGAAUCAGCUCCUGAUUCUAGUGGACACAGACUUUGAAGAUGCUGGAAAAUACACUUGUGAGAUGUCCAAUAUACUUGGAACUGUGAGAGGAAACAUUCAUCUUUCUGUUAUUCCUAAUCCAACUUGUGAUUCUCCUGCAAAUGCCACACCAUCCUUGGAGGAUGACGGAUGGGCCACAGUUGGUGUUGUGAUUAUAGCAGUGGUUUGCUGUGUGGUGGGGACCUCCCUUGUGUGGGUGGUCAUCAUAUACCACACACGGAGAAGGAAUGAGGAUUGCAGCGUUACAAACACAGAUGAAACAAACCUACCUGUGGAUACUCCAAGCUACUUAUCUUCCCAAGGAACUCUAGCAGAGAGACAGGAAGGAUACAUCUGCUCGGAAAGUGGAAGUCACCAUUACAUAGCCUCCUCCAUGAGUGGUUAUCUCUUACAGCAAAGAGAAAUUAAUGGUGUUUGCCAUUUAGAUAAUGGAAGUGAAAGUGACUUGGAAGCAGGAAGCGAUCCGCUUCAGUUUCAUUACAUGGCGCCGCAGAGCUCAUUAUAUUUAAAGGGAAGUCUAUACAGCCCUGAAGCAUGUGGGGCCUAUCAUGCAGGUUACAAUCCAGAUCAAGAUUCUACAAACUUAAAUGCUUAUGAUCCCGAUCAUUUAAAGCAAAAGGACUGUGGCUUAUAUACACAGCAAUACGAUGAUCCUUUUAUCAAGAAUACGGAUAUCUGUAAAGCAUUUCCUAUUCAUGGAUUUGUUGGCUCCAUCUGCAAAAGUGAAGAUAAUAGAGUCAGAAUGGAUUCAGAUACGGACCUUUUUGGCUUGCAUAAUCCAGACAAAACUUCAUACAUGGGCACAUUUGGGAAGUCUGUGUGGAAGCCCGCUCCGGAUUCAUUUCAACAGACGAUGGGUUAUUUGACAUCCCACAGUAAUGAACACUCUUCCUUGGAUAUACACUUAGACUGCAAUAAAGAAGAACCAACAACCAUUUUUCCAGAUGAAACUGGAAUUGUGUUACACAAACAAAAUCUGUCUGAAAAUCACAGGACUCCUACAUUUUACUGCUAUGACCUGGACACAUAGCAACUUCAGUUUUUGCAUUCCUUAAUCCAAAGACUUUAAAUUGCUACCUCAGCCCCAAAGGAUAAAAGUAUUUGUAAUGAAUGUAAAGAUCGCAAAAACAUAUCCCUCCAUAAAAAUGUAUCUGCAUAUUUUAUAGCUUUGACUAUAAACCUAAAAAUCGCAGCCUUAACUUAAAAACCUGUAAAUAGUGAUUAUAAAUAUUUUUGUAUUUUUUAUAUUAUCAGAUUUUUCUAUGAAAAGUAAAUACUAAUGUAUUCUAAAGAACUUGCCAAGCCUUCUUGUCUUUUGGCUAUUUGCAGGUAUUCUAUUUGCACAAUAUAUGGAAUAAAAAAUGCUGUGUGCUUAAA